GUGGCGGGCAGCGGUGAUAGUGGUAACGUCGCCUGUGUUGUGUGCAUUAAUUAAAGCAGGCGGUAUUGAGAAGGCCACGGAGAGAAUCCCACCAUAAACAAAAGUGCGAAAACUUACUGAACCGAUCCCUGGCGUGCCACUCCCAGGACGAGCUGGGGAAGGGGGGUGACGGUGGUGACUCUUCCCCCUACUCGACCCCCUUAAAUGAAAGAAGAGAAAAAAAAAGAACUUAGCGAGACGUACCUGCCGCUGUAAUGGAAUUCGAUAAAGUGUGCUAAAAAUAGAACCACUUGUAGGACGGGUGAGCCAAACAAGUGGUUGCAGGGCACAGUCAGGUCUCGCUGCUUAACAUCCUAUUACUUCUCCACAAUUACUGAUUAAUUGAAAUGUAGAUGUAGAUUGCGUUGAGGUAGAAUAGAGACCCAAAGAGAAAAAUAUAGUGUUUAAUAAGAUAAAAAGAAUAGACUCGAGUGAUCACGUGACAGGUCAUGGUCGAGCUUGGGACGAGAUCGUGUCAUCGUCCUUUUUUUUAAGUCCAGAUGAGAGAGAGAAUCGGGAAAGAGAUCUCUCGCAAGUGAACCACGCCUGGAAGUAUAAAUUUAUUUCUCUAUCUGUUUUGUAUUAGGUUAUUUGUUUUUUCUAAUCGUGUGAAGUAGUUCCGCGCCGCCAGCAUGUUGGUGGCGAUCCCCGAAGUGCCGGAGACGAGCCACCAGCAGGCCACCGCGCCGACCUCCAGCGCCGUCAUCACCACCACCACCACCAGCGCCAACCACAGUCUCCCGCUCAAGCACUGCGGUGUCCUCCUCAAUGGGGGUCUGGAGUCGGCCGCCGGGGGGGACGCCGCUCCCCCAGGUGACGCCGAGGGAGCGGGGGUGGGGGAGGCCAUGAUAAAAAGAGAGAUGAAGCCGCCGAUUUCGGCCGCGAUCCCGAAGUCUCGUAAUCACCGGCGUACGCCACCCACUCCCCCUGCCCUCUCCCCCUCCCCCCCGGCUCUGACUCCGCCUCCUAACAUGACGUCACAGACCUCGGUUACGCCCCCGAUGCAGACCGACUUAGCUACAGUUCUGCUGGAAAUCUUGCGUAGGCUUUUAGAACGUCCAAAAACAGCCCUCGGAGGACCGGAGGCUGACAAGGAAAAUCCCUUGAAAAUCCUCGAAGUUAUUGCAAAAUGUGACGCGCGAAUCGACAUUAAAAAAAGUUCAAGAAUACCAGAAGUCCUUCGAGAAGGCCAUAAGCAGACGAGAGAGAAUUAUAUAAGAGGAGAGCGGAGGCAUUCUGCGGCGCUCCUCCGGCCCGUGUGCUGA